CGACCAACCUGACCACAUCAUCCCUUGUGCCACCACCUCGCCCCACACAAUCUGAUCCGUCCGGCUUUCUGUGGCCGUCCAAAGCAAGGUUCUUUCGCAGGCUUUGCCCCUGGCUGAGGCAGGAGGGCCUGCUGAGAGGGGGCAACAAAUGCUUGCCUCGGACUCGGAUAGUUCCGCCGAUACUCUCACGUCCUCUGGACGAACGGGCAAGGAGAGAUACCGAGAGUGGCAGCCCAGUGAACAGCACCAAGACGGUUACAACUGCAAGGACGCAUCGCGAUUCAGAAGCUCAAAGCGCAACAAUGCUGGGCAGAGAACUGCCAUGUCGCUGCCGAAGGGGGACACGCCUGCCAUUCGCCGCUACUCCUCCCGGGGUUCUGAGCUAGUUGUCGCCGCCGAUAAUGAUGAAGACCGCUCGACCCGAGCUGUCGACUUCAAUUCGGAUGACGCCGACAGCGUCGCACCCUUUUGCACUCGCGCCAACCCUGUAGCUUUGACCCCUGAGAUCUCUCAUACUAGUACUGUGGGGCAACCGGGCGGUAGCAGCCCACCCCUUUUGAUGCAAACCGCCGUUGACCAUCAUGGGGAAGCGGAGACCACGGAACCCGCAGAGACGGAAAGUCCUCACAAGCCCGACGCCCUCAGCUUCUUGGAAUCGGAUUCCCCAGUCGUGACCGAGGAGCAGAUCCGGCGCACAAUCGCCGAAGCCGCCAACAACUGGUCACCACGCAGCGCUUGGUCGCCAUCGAGCGUCGAUAGCAACGGUCAAGCAAGUGCGGCCGAUACAUAUGCCACGACCCCUGAGCCGAGCCUCGAUGGUGAAAUACUCUCUACGACCUUCCGGCAGAGGUCGCCUCCGUCAUCCGAGGAUGGUCAUGAUGACACCCGGAAACCCGAGCAAACACGGCCCGCGCACACACGACAGCGGCGUUUUCCCUCCGGGAUAGAUGCCGAAUCCCGCUACGGGACCCCCGAGAUGCCCCGGGGAUCAGCAAAACACCCCCACUUCCCACCCAACGAGCUCCAGCCGAGACUGCCGGGCCGUGGGCAAGGUCACACGAAGCAUUUGCCCAGGGCAGAAAAGCUCCCAAUGUCCGGCUACGAGCUGCUGUCGGCCAAGCUCUCCAACACGCGUGGCCGGUCACGGCGGCGAUCGGGCGGAGCAAAGGAGAUGCCGACCGCCAAGGGGGAGCCGAGCAUCAAGCCCAUCUAUCGCCGCUUCGAGGCCCUCAACCACCGGCUGUUGCUCCACCUGCAGGACGAGCUUAGCGAGCUGGAAGAGCAGCUCCACCGCCUCGACACGGCCGACACGCAGACCCGCCGGCUGCAGAACCCAGAGCUCAUCCUCCCGGCCUCGAGGCGGGCGGAGUACAUGUCCGGGGGCGAGCUGCAGUGGCACAAGACGGACCUGCUCGGCAAGAUAGGGUUCAAGCUAGGACAGUACAACCACGUGCUCACCUCGUUCGCCGAGACGCAGCACCUGUCGCGCGCGGCCAUGGCCGACGUGGAGGACUACCGCACGUACCUGGCGACGCAGAACCCCAUCGCCGAGAUCGAGACGCGCUUCCUCGAUCCAGCCGAGGACCUCGUGUGCCUCGCGCCAGACCGGCCGCCGGCCUCGAUCUCGGAUUCUUCCUCGUCGGCCAUGUCGCCCGCCAUUUCAGACGACGCGCUGACCCCGAUGCCGCGCAAGAUGAGUUUCGGCCUAUCCGUGCCGCCCGCCAGACCCCCUCGAAAUGCCAGGCCGCCGCCCCAGCCUGUCGACCGAACCAUCAGCCUGGGGCAGUCCGCCUGCCUCGCUGCCGUAGCCAUGGUCCUUUCCACGAUAGGUUUUCCCGUCGUCACUGACUUCCUGGGCCGCAUGGCUCUGGUUCUGGUGGCGGGGCUGGCUGUCACGGCGCUGCAGCGCAGGCUUGCGGACGUUGGGGGCGAGCAGGAUCUCCACGGCGCCGACACGCUGACUGUCGGCGCGAUGUAUGGGGUUGUCAUGGCAACAGUGGCGGCUGUGAUGUGAGGCGUUGAAAGGGAGUGGUGUGGUAGCUAGGGGGAUGGGGUACCUAUUGAGCAAACCAUUCCCCCCUAGGCCCGAGGAGUGGAGGGAUCUAAAGGGGAUUCUAUUGAUCUGUUUUAUUAAAUAGUUAGGGAUAUGAUGUAUGAUGUUAUGAAGGUGGAUUGGAAAGCAAAAUCGCGUUUAGCUCAGGAUCGGUCCAUGAAACCUGGCGCGUGGGCUUUUUGGUGUAAGAGAUGUGGUCACAGGCCCACA